GGAGACCCCUGGGAGCUUCAGGUUCAGUGUCCUGGAUGCUCCUCCAUUUAUCACAUAUCCUGUACGGUAAUGGAAUCAGACCGUUUGUGGCGUAGGCUUGGUAGAUACGUUGAGAAGUGGAAAUGUAACAGGUGUUUCAUUGAUGGAUCAGAAGAAAGUGUGGCUUUCUUGGAAUACAUUCAAAAACUAAAGAAUGGAAGUGAAAGAACACCAAACUCCGAAAAUUCGUCAAGAUCAAAAUCACGGCCAGACCAAUCUUGUGCAGAGUGCUUGAAAGAGCUUCGUGAUGAAAAUGGCCGUCUUAGCCGAAGAGUUCAGUGUUUGGAUUGUUUAGACGUUUUUCACUUUUCUUGUACAGAGUUUGGAGACGAGAAUAUUUGGCAACGAGUUGGAGACUAUAGAAACAGGUGGAAAUGCAAAAACUGUUCGGGCUUUGACAGUGACAGUGUUAUUUUAAGGGAAAAACUAAAUGAAGUGAAACGGUCUUUAGACAUACCAGUGAAUAUAGUUUAAUAUUAAGUGGUAAAAUAAGCUUUUGUUAAGGGGAAACUCAAAGGAAGAUAAACAGUUAAUCAAUUACCUUUGUUAAUUUCUAUUCUGUGACCUCCAGGGUCUAAUCUUCCUCCAAGGUAUUUUGAACUACAUUUUGUUAGUUUGGUCUCCUUGCUGAGAGCGUUUAUUAUAGACUACCUCUGAUCUGUUAUAU